AUGAAGCCACAUCAAAGCAAACCCAUCUCCAUUUUUUCUGUGCUCCUCUUGCUAGUUUUAUUCUCACAAUAUUCCACACCGGUCACUGCCCAAGAAGUUGAGGAUGAAAGAGAGUUCGAUUAUCUUCAGGGAAGCGGGAAGGGGCCAAAGCAGUGGGGAGAAAUGAAGAAAGAAUGGGCUGCGUGUAAGAAUGGAGGCAUGCAAUCCCCUAUUGAUUUAUCAAGCCAGAGAGUCAAGCUAAUCCCCAACUUGGGCAAGCUCAACACCGCUUACAAGCCUUGCAAUGCCACUGUCAAGAACAGAGGCCAUGAUAUUUCGAUUGAAUGGGUGGGCGAUGCUGGAUCCCUUAAGAUAAAUGGGACUGAGUAUUUGCUAAAACAAUGCCACUGGCACUCCCCUUCCGAGCAUUCCAUCAAUGGAAGGAGGUAUGACAUGGAGCUCCACAUGGUUCAUCUAAGCCCCGAUCCCAACGUUACGAAUAAGAUCGCUGUCGUCGCAGCGCUAUUCAAGAUCGGCCGCCCAGAUUCCUUCCUCUCUAAGUUGACAAGGGAUAUAAAAUCCAUGACUGAUCAAAAGGAAGAGAGAAGUGUGGGAAUAAUUGACCCUAACAAAAUUAAAAUCCCUGGGAAAAGCUAUUACAGAUACAUGGGCUCACUCACCGUUCCUCCUUGCACCGAAGGCGUUAUUUGGACCAUCAAUAAAAAGAUAAGAACAGUCUCAAGAGAUCAAGUAAAGCUAUUUCGAGUGGCUGUGCAUGAUUAUGCAGAGACGAAUGCGAGGCCAGUACAACCACUCAACCUUCGAGAGAUCCACGUCUAUGACCAAGGCGCAAGGAGCACGAAUAAUUGA